AUGAUCUAUGGUUUGGUGUUGUUCCCGAAUAUUCCAAAUUUCGUCGAUCUAACUGCUGUUUGUCUCUUCAUGGAUCAAAAUCCUGUGCCCACUCUUUUAGCAGAUACUUAUUAUACCAUCCACUCCAGGUAUGGGAAGAAAGGAUCAGUUGGGAGUUGUUUACCGUUGCUAUAUGAGUGGUUCACUUCACAUUUACCUAAAAGCGGGCCGUUUGUUACAACAAAAGACUCACAAAAAUGGCCUCAAAGGAUCAUGGGGCUUACUGGAAACGACAUUGUCUGGUGUCCUACCGGAAUGGACGUUGAGGAAGUUAUAACUAGUUGUGGUACUUUUGACAAUGUUCCCCUCAUAGGAACGAAAGGAACCGAUCCAAAGGGUCUAGAAAAGGUGAGGAGUGCCUGGAAUAGCAUCCAUACAGAUGAUCAGACUUCUCUAGGUGAAAAGAAUGUCGUUGCCAAACAAGCCUACACGGAUUGGGUUGAGGAUAGAGUUAAAGAUCGUCUGUUGCCUUUCCCGAAGGUUAAUCCAUUGUACAAGCAACCACCUAAGGUUCCAAUUGCCAUUAUGCCUGCUGAGAAUUGCAUCCCAGUAAAUAUGGAAAGCACCCAAUUGCACGAAAAGAAAUCAGAUGCGCGACCAAAACAUCAUCUUGUGGACCAAAUAGGGGUUGAGUUGACACAUGAAGCCAAGGUGCUGAAAGAAGGAUCUUUGAGAGUUCAAAAGAGGGCUAGAACGGAAAAAGGUGAAAGGGAUACUACUGUUGUUGUUGAAGAUCACCAGGAGAUCAUAAAAAGGGCCGUAAAAGAGGCAGAAGAGAGACUCAAACGAGAGUACAGAGAAGACUUGAAGGCUUAUAAACUCAAGAUAGAAAGGGAGGCCAGAGCUGAAGUGAGGAGUCUGAAAAAGAAACUGGAAGAAGAGACCACCCAAAGGAUAGCGGUUGAGACUCAGCUGAAAGGAAGUCACCUCCGCACCGCCCGACUAACAGAAGAAAACGCCAAGCUCAGAGAUCGAAUGAUGGGUUUUGAUGGUAUGGUUAUGGAGAUAGAAAGGAUAUGA